AUGUCUUUCCUUCUCUUCUUCCAGCUAUUAGCAUUUUUGACAUUGGCUGCUGGCAAGCCAGUUUUCAUUCCGAGACAGGUUCCGGAUACACCGCGGGUCGGUCGCAGCCUCCAGCCUGUUGAUAUCAGGCUGUCAUCCUUGGGAAACACGACUGUGAAAGCAGAGGUCACGAAUGUUAUGGGUGAACAGCUUCGUUUGGUAAAGAGUGGCGGUAUAUUUGAUCGUCUCCCAACCAAGAAACUUCGCGUUACCGCAAAGGAUGGGAAACAACCCGAGUUUACCGGUGUGGUGGUGGAAUAUAUCACCACCCAUCUGGCCGAAGACGCCUUCCUGGACUUGGCUCCCGAGCAGACUGUCGAGACUGUCUUCAAUGCAGCGGACUCUUACGAGCUCUCUCCAAGCACAGAAUACUCCGCAAUAGCCCAAGGAUCGAUGGAGUAUUACCUUGGAAACAACACCAAUGCUACCUCAGGGUCUGCCUACUUCUCUUACGUCUCCAACACCAUAACUUUCACUACCCCUAAGACACACGAGAAUGCUCUAUCCACACGUUCAACCCUUAUGUCCUGCACAGACGAGUACAACAAAAUCGUGCAGGACGCCCUCUCCCGCGCAUCAGAGAUGGCCCUUGCAGCGGCAUCCGACGCUCGCAACGGCACAAGCUCGCUCUUCCAGAAAUACUUCAUGACCAACGACCAGGAGUCCCGCAACUCCGUCGCAGAUCGCAUGGAGGCGAUUUCAACCGAAGCCACCACAAAGGGUAAACUGUCGUACUUCUGUCAGCCCACCACAGAGGACUACUGUGCCAGCAACGUCGCCGCCAUCACGUAUCCCUCGUUAAACAAAGUCGUGAACUGUCCGGGAUAUUACGAGUCGCAGGGUGUGUCGAACAUGUGCGGGUACCUCGACCAGGCUGCCAUUAGUCUGCAUGAGUUCUCCCACGCCACGGCGGUUUAUUCCCCUGGUACGGAGGAUGUCGCCUAUGGUGAAUCGGCGGUCUUGAGUUUGAGCGCGUCCCAGGCUAUGAACAAUGCGGAUUCGUAUGCGUAUUACGCUAAUGCUGUUAAUCUCGGCUGUGGCGAUGUGAUACCGGGGGAUCUAUUGGUAUGCCACUGGCACCUGUUACUGGCAACUGGCUCUAAUACUGCCACUGGUACUGACACUGGUACUGGCACUGGCACUGGUACUGGUACUGGCACUGAUACUGGCACUGGCACUGGCACUGGCACUGGCACUGGUACUGGCACUGGUACUGGCACUGGUACUGGCACUGGCACUGGCACUGGCAACGACAACGGCGCCGGCGCCGGCAAUGAUAACGGAAGUUCCAACGGAGACAACAACGGAGGUGGCGCGGGCAACGAUAACACCGGCGCUGGCACGGGUGACAUUGAUUCCCAGCUCCCGCCGUGGCUCAGAGACUGGCUUUCCCAGAUUUGGGGCAACAGCGGUUCAGGCAGCACAGGCACAACGGGAGGCAACCAGGUAGGGGGCAGCUCUUCGUUCGAUAACUGGUUACAGGGGAAGAUCGAAGAGCAACAGGACCAAGGAAGCUCAGGAUCCCAGCAGGAUGGUGGUCCCAUCACUAUUACUAUUCCAGUGGGGAACAUGCCUGCUCCAACUCCGGCUCCAGCUUCUUGGGCCCAGGACGGGAACUCAGUUCAUGGAAGCGAGGGUGGCUUUCAAAGUGGCACUGGGGGUGGCGAGGACUGCGAUGAAACUACGCAGUAG